UUAAUUUUAUGACUCAAGAAAGAAUUAUAGCUAUAAAGUUGAAUGCUUCUAAUUAUUGUCCUAUAGAUCCAGUUCUUCCACUGUACAAGUCAGGAUCAAUUGAUAAAACUCAAGAACUUUUUAAUUCAAUACUUAUUACUACUGAUUUUACUAUUUCAAAAAUUAGUAAUGAGGUUUGUAAACAAAGUUUUUGUAAUAAUAUAGUUAAAAAAUCUGAGACAAAUUUAUUGCUCUCUUUGAUAUCAACUCAAAAUCUAUCGAAUGAUUCUAAAUAUUUUUCAGAUAUUAUUGAAAUAAAGAAAGAGUUAUCUAAAUCUUUAAUUUCUCUAUCUUCAGAAUUCCUUAUUAGGAACGAAUCUAAUAUCGAUGUUUUUAUUCUUCUUUUACAGCAAAAAUUUCAAAUAUCAAAAGAAAAAUUAGAACAAUAG